AUGGCAACCAGCGAGGGCGGGAAUAAUUUCUCCUUAAGUGCUCCUUGUCACACUUUGGGAAUGUGUCUCUCGCUUGUCGUCGUGGCCGUUGUCUUCCACUGGAUUCCGGUCAAUAUCGACCUCAGCUUUUCCGGUCCACGCGAAAUGACCUGGGAAAGUAUCGUCCUGCUUGUCGCCCUCAUCGUCUAUACUGCCUUCUACUCCCUUGGUGUUGCCCCAACUUCAUGGGUUGGUACUGAGUUCUUGCCUCUAGAGGUGCGGGCUCUUGGCACAAUGGUCAACACCGUCACUUGUUGCGGCUCGGGAGCGUUCGGCUUCUACGCCGGAUUUUGCUCCUUGGGCUGGCUCUUUGUGACCCUCUGCUAUGCCGAAGUGCAUAACAUGCCCCUGGAAUCCGUGCGGGAGAUCUACACCGACGGCUUCGGUGUCAAAAAGGCUAAGGAGAUCCAAAAACAAUUGAAGCAGAUGAGACAAGACGAAGAGCUCAAUCGGCAGGCUAAAUAA